CCAAACCGAACCGGAAUUUUUACGAUAUCUUUCUUUCUCAUACAAGAAAAGUGCUCGACAGAACCCAAAAGAAAUGCAAAUUGCUGGCUUCACUCUCUGGUCGAAUCAAAUCGAAGAACGAAAUUGAACAAGUACAUAAAUCUAGGCCAAGUAACAAAGACUGAAAACGAACUUAACAAAGGAGAAGGGAAGUUCCAGAGAGAGAGAUUGAGAGAGAAUGGCGGACUAUCACUUUGUUUACAAGGACGUGGAAGGAGCAUCGACGCAGUGGGACGACAUACAGAGAAAGCUAGGGAACCUACCGGCAAAGCCACCGGCGUUCAAGCCAGCACCUUUCACUCCAGCCGAGGAUGAAGCCUCUCUUCCAAAGGACAAGUCCUGGAUCGAUGAAAAGACCGAACAGGACCUGGAAGACCUGGAAGACAAUCCCGAUCUCGACGAUGAUCGCUUCCUUGAAGAUUACAGGAAGAAGAGGCUGGCUGAGUUGAGAGAAGCAGCUAAGGUUGCGAGGUUUGGAUCAGUUGUGCCGAUUUCAGGAUCAGAUUUCGUGCGGGAGGUUUCGCAAGCUCCGGCUGAUGUUUGGGUUGUUGCGGUUCUCUACAAAGAAGGAAUUGCGGAAUGUGGAGUGUUGAUGCAGUGCUUGGAAGAUUUGGCUACGAAAUACCCAGCUACCAAAUUUGUCAAAAUAAUAUCAACCGACUGCAUCCCAAAUUACCCAGAUCGUAAUGUUCCCACUGUUUUGGUGUACAACAAUGGUGCUGUCAAAGCAAAUUACGUGGGCUUGCAGAGCUUUGGCAGGAGAUGCACACCUGAAGGUGUAGCAUUAGUCCUCUGCCAAUCAGAUCCUGUGCUCAAUGAUGGCCAGAGCGGAAAUGAUCGGUCAAGGAAAGCUGUGAUCGACGGAGUUCGCAAGAGGUUUAUAGAGAAAGUUGUGACAGAGCAUGAAAAUGAUGACGAUGGAUCUUCAAGUGAUUAGGUUUUAUAUUGGUCCCUUUUGUAAGAGUUUGAGUUUAGAUGAAACAAAUGACUCUUGUUUGUGCAUCUUUUUUGUUCUUGUACAACCUUUUUGGUUUUCUCAUUAUUUGUGAAAGAGUAUGAUUGUGAUGUGUUAAGAGUAAUGGAGCUUUGUAUGCUACUAGAA